AGUCGUGGAGUGAACGUCGUGACGGGUAAACGUGAGGAAAAUGCAGCUCUGGCUUUAAGGAAAAUUCGGCGGCAAGAAGCGCCAAGUCUGCUUCCUCCGCGAAGGAUCAAUCAUAUAAAAAAAAACUUUCGACUAAACUUUAACGACAAUUGAAGAUCGUUACAAUUAUUCGGUGUUUGAAUUCAAACUAACAGAUAGUUCGUGUGACGGUUUACGGCUUUUUUUUUCGCGAAAGUGCGAUGAAGAUCUGAUAAAAGAUGUAGAACUUUGCGACGUGCUCGAGGCAUUUUAUGACCGGGUUCCUAAAAUCUUCCCACCUCAUCAGACACUCAAUCAUCCUCCAAGACUCGUGAGAAGCUUGGUGCAGGAAGAAUCUGAAGAGGUCCACAAGAAUUUCCAAGCAUAGAAAAAUCCAAUAAAGUGAAACUUCAGGAAAUAUAAUAAUUGUGACGAAAGAGAUUGUUAUUGAGAGGCGAAGAGUUUUAGCAGGAGGCUGAGCUGUAAGUGAAUGAAAGUCUUCCACUUGAAACUUGGGAGAUGAAGUGCAAAAUUUUCUGGAGUUUAUUCUUCUUCACCAUCAAUUCUGUCAUUUUGGCAAAAACUGAAUCAACUGCCACCGUGUUCGACUCUCACCUGCGUGGACCGGGCUUCGUGAUGGAACCUCCGCCACGUUUGGAAUUCAGCAAUUCUUCUGGAGCCUGGUUAGACUGUUCAGCAUCAGGAAGUCCACAGCCAUCGAUUGACUGGUUGUCUGUAGAUGGAACUUCGGUGGGUGAUGUAGGUGGGGUCCGGAGGGUCCUACGUAACGGAACUCUGGUGUUGCUGCCUUUUCCAGCAGCUGCCUAUCGUCAAGAUAUUCACAAUACUAUCUAUCGAUGUGUUGCUUCCAACAACAUUGGGAGAGUCAUCUCCAGGGAUGUACAAGUCAGAGCUGUGGUGGCUCAGGCCUACAAGGUAGACGUAGAGGUGUUGAGUGCUUCACGAGGUUGUACAGCAAUUCUAAGAUGUGUGGUGCCUACAUUCGUGAAGGAGCUCGUGAGAGUGGUGUCUUGGGUGCAGGAGCCUGUCUUCUACAUCUAUCCCUCCCUCCAGGGUGAUGGGAAGUUUCAUCUGUUGCCUACAGGAGAACUGCUCAUCCAUAACAUUGAGUACAGCGAUGAGUAUCCAACAUAUCGAUGUCGCACGAUGCAUCGACUAACGCGGCAGGUGAUAGUGAGUUCAGCCACAAAAGUCAGAAUAAGUGAUCAGAGAGGUAUCGUGGCACCCAGCAUUGUGGAGCAUACAGCUCAUGUAUCCGUGGCUCAGGAUGAAGGUGCGGUCCUGCUGUGCAUUGCCCAAGGAUGCCCUGCUACAGAAUACAGAUGGUACUCACACAAUACGCCUGGAGAGCCCCUUCCAGUACUCACGGGACCCCGUGUUCGUCUUCUGGGACCUGUUCUUGCCAUUGAGGCGGUGACAGCAGAGGAUGCUGGCAUUUACAAGUGUUCAGCAGCAAAUGCAGGUGGAGAAGCAAGUGCAGAACUGAGGCUCUCUGUGGCGACACCACUUCAGGUGGAAAUUGCACCGAAUGUGCUCAGUGUUCAUAUGGGAGGUUCAGCGGAAUUCCGUUGUCUGGUGACGAGCAAUGGAAUGCAGUUGGGACAGCAACAUAUCACUUGGUUUAAGGAUGGACGGCAGCUGCCCAGCUCUGGGAGAAUUGGAGACACACUCCUGGUGACGGCCGUGGGGCGAGAGGACAAGGGGAUGUACCAGUGUGUUGUGAGGCGUCCAGAGGGUGACACAUUUCAGGCGGCAGCAGAAUUGCAGCUUGGGGAUGCUCCACCCGUAUUGCUGUACAGCUUCAUUGAGCAGACCCUCCAGCCAGGACCAGCAGUAUCCCUAAAAUGCUCAGCAGCUGGAAAUCCAACACCUCAAGUGGUUUGGACUCUCGAUGGUUUUCCUUUACCUACAAAUGGCAGAUUCCUCAUUGGACAGUAUGUCACCGUACACGGAGAUGUCAUCAGCCACGUGAACAUUAGCCAUGUGAUGGUGGAAGAUGGUGGAGAGUAUUCAUGCAUUGCUGAGAAUCGUGCUGGAAAGAUCGCCCAUUCAGCUCGUCUCAACAUCUACGGUCUACCCUACAUUCGCCUCAUUCCGAAAGUUACAGCAGUGGCUGGUGAGGAUUUGCACUUGAAGUGUCCUGUUGCCGGAUAUCCGAUUGAAGAAAUCCACUGGGAAAGAAAUGGUCGUGAAUUGCCGGAUGAUAUUAGGCAAAAGGUGCAACCCGAUGGUUCGCUCAUCAUCAGCCCUGUGCAGAAGACAGAUGAUUCUGGGGUGUAUACUUGUUGGGCGCGCAAUAAGCAAGGGCAUAGUGCUCGAAGAAGUGGCGAAGUCACAGUUAUAGUACCCCCAAAGUUAAACCCCUUCCAUACGGCUGCAUUGUCUCUCAACGUCGGUGAUCGAGCCUCGUUGACGUGUUCCGUUGUGAAAGGCGAUCAACCACUAACGAUAAGCUGGCGCAAGGAUGGUCGAGUUGUAGAUGCUUCACAGAGGAUGUCCGUUACACAAGUGGAUCAGUACAACAGCAUCCUCGUGAUCGAUAGCCUGUCAUCGGAACAUACAGGAAAUUACUCGUGCGUGGUGCGAAAUCAAGCAGCUGAGGUCCAGACAUCCCAAGCCCUCCUGGUCAAUGUGCCACCACGAUGGAUUGUAGAGCCAGCGGAUGUGAAUGUCGAGAGAAAUCGUCAUAUUACAAUUCACUGCCAAGCUCAAGGAGUACCCACACCUAUUGUCACGUGGAAAAAAGCGACAGGGAGCAAGUCGGGAGACUAUGAAGAAGUUAGAGAACGCCCAUACACCAAACUCUUGAACAAUGGCUCACUCCUUCUGCAACACGUCAAGGAAGAUCGGGAGGGUUUCUACUUGUGUCAAGCUCACAAUGGAAUUGGAACUGGCAUUGGGAAAGUAAUUCAACUGAAAGUGAACUCAUCCCCAUACUUCUCUGCCCCAAGUCGAAUGGUAACAGUGAAGAAGGGGGACACAGCUGUGCUUCAAUGUGAAGUUAAUGGUGACAAACCCAUUAAUGUGGUUUGGCUGCAGGCUGGAAAGCAAGAGUUGAAUCCAUCGACAAACUACCGAGUUGCUGUUAAGCAAGAUGCUACACCUGAAGGAAUUUCGGCAGAGGCUCAAAUUACCAAUGUGGAUAGCAGUGAUAGCGGUCCAUAUUUUUGCCAAGCCAGCAAUCUCUAUGGCAAGGAUCAACAACUGGUACAGUUGCAAGUUCAGGAACCACCUCAAGCACCAGCGGCCCUUGAAGCCUUAAUGGUUUCAAGUCGAUCUGUAAAUCUCAAGUGGCAACCACGGAGCCAUGAUGCUGGCGAAGUGACCAAAUAUAUCGUUGAGUAUCGCGAAGUUGAUCGGCAAUGGCAAACAAUGGAAUUAUCCGAUCCUCCUCAGAUGACAGCCCUGAUAGAAAAUCUCAAACCAGCCACUAGAUAUUCUUUUCGAGUUAUUGCCGAAGGAAGUGCUGGGAGAAGUAGCCCCAGCCAGGAAUUACUGAUCAAGACAGAGCCACAGAGACCAGCUGGACCGCCUCUGAAUCUCUCAGCCCGUCCUCUAUCAUCAACUGAAAUCUUAGUUACAUGGACUCCUCCUCUUCCUGAACUCCGAAAUGGAGAAAUUCAGGGAUAUAAUAUUGGAUACAAGUCUUCCCUUUCGAGUUCAACAGUCUACAACUUUACGUCCGUCUCCGGUGACGGAGAGGACGGGACCGGUGAACUAUUGCUUAACAAUUUAUCUAAGUACAACAGGUACACUAUCGUGGUUCAAGCUUUCAAUCAAGUGGGUCCAGGACCACUAUCAGAACCAACAAGCGCACAAACCCUUGAAGAUGUGCCUGGUAUGCCGCCAGAGGAUGUUCGGUGUGCUGCCCUUACUUCCCAGAGCUUACAGAUAUCAUGGCAACCGCCUCCGGCUCAUCAUACGAAUGGCCUCCUUCAGGGCUACAAGCUCGUCUUUGAGCCUGUACUUGAUGACUUUACAGGGACCAAUGAAGACAUCGAAACCCGCAAGACCACUGCUCAGACAACCGUCUUGACAGGAUUACGAAAAUACACCAACUACAGCGUUCAAGUGUUAGCACAUACAAGGAUGGGAGAUGGGGUACUAUCCGCCCCGUCCUAUUGUCAAACAGAAGAGGAUGCCCCUGAAGCACCGGCGGACAUUAAGGUCGUUGUUAGUUCACCGCAGUCGCUGUUCGUGUCAUGGUUACCGCCCAAUGAGCCAAAUGGUGUCAUUACCAAGUACAAUUUGUACACUAGAGUGGUGAAUGGCCGGGAGGAGAUCAACAAUGAGAAGAGAAACUUACCAUCUCAACAGCUAAAUUACGAAGCCAAAGGCCUUCAGGCGCACGUGGAGUACCAAUUCUGGGUGACGGCAUCAACACGUGUAGGUGAGGGAAAGAGUUCUCGUGUAGCCUCCCAAAUCACAUCAAACAGGGUUCCAGCAAGGAUAAUUUCAUUUGGAGGACCUGUUAUUAGAGCAUGGCGUUCCUCAGUGGUACUCUCAUGUCAGGCUGUUGGUCAGCCACGUCGAGAGUGGUUUAAAGGUGACCUGUCUCUUAGGCAAAGUGGCUUCAACAACAUGCAACUACUCGAUACAGGAGAAUUGUCUCUCGCUAAUCUCCAAAUGCAAGAUUCUGGGAACUAUAGCUGCCAAGUCGACAAUGGUGUUGGUACGGAUAGACUGACUCACAAUCUCCUAGUGCAAGUCCCUCCUGCUUCACCAGUACUCUACGUAACCAGUGCAACUUCUAGCAGUAUCUUGAUGCACUGGAAAAGUGGUAGUGCUGGAAAUGCUCCAAUAACAGGUUAUACAUUGCACUACAAACGAGCCCACGGAAAUCUUGAAGAGCUUCCCCUGUCACGACAUGCUUCGAGUCAUGAGCUUAAAGGUCUUCUCUGUGGCAGUACAUAUCAAAUCUACCUUACAGCUUCGAAUAAAAUCGGAAUAUCUCCGCCAAGUACUACACUUCACGUACGAACUCAGGGUCAACUGCCAGGGGUGCCUGCUACAUCAGCUCUCCUGGCGCCAAAUUCCACAUCGGUUUUACUAAGAUUGCAUGCUUGGCCAGACAAUGGUUGUCCAAUUUUAUAUUUUGUACUUCAGUAUAGAUCCCUUGCGGACUCUGAUGACAACAAGUGGAUUUUAGUGUCCAAUGCUCUGAAACCACAACGAAAAUUCACUAUUACGGGUCUCACGCCAUCGACACUUUAUCAGCUUAAAAUGGAAGCGCACAACGUUGCAGGGUCAUCAGAUGCUGACUUAAACUUUGUUACUCUCACCAAAGAUGGUGAUCCUCCACCACCAGAUCUGGUUCAGAGAGGACAUCGAACUAUUACCUUCUACAGCGAUAUGAAAUUUAUCAUUCCGAUUAUCGUGACAGCAUCAGGAAUAAUCUGUACAAUGGCAUUGUCUGUUCUAUGCUACAAAUUUCGACAAAACAGCCGUGCUCGUAAGGAAGCCUUAGAGAACCAGCACAACGCUGAUGCUCAACGAGAACGAUACUACGCAACUAUUCACAAAGUAGCUCUCCAAGGCCCGGGUGGAGAUAAGAUACCAGAAACUUCCGAAGAUAUAUCACCAUAUGCGACAUUUCAACUUUCAGAAGCCAGCACCUUGGCACAGCCCCAUCAUUCGGGUCCGGCCAACACCCUCUUGCACUCCUUCAUGUACCAUGAACGCGCCAUGACCGAGGGAUGCGCUUCACCACCGCCACCAGCCGCGGUAUUGCGUCAACUGCAUAACAAAUCGCCGUAUUACAAUGUUGUGCGCCCCGCUCCUCAAUUGGCCACCCAGAAAAACCGACGCCGACACUCCCGGAAGACAGAGCCAGAAAGUGAAGAGUCAGAUUCAGACCAAGAUCAACUGACCUCUAGUAGGACAGAAUCCUCAAAUCAUUUGGAAGCCAAAAUGAAGCACAGUCUUAUCUACCAUGGAACCCAGUCGAGCACCUCAUCGGAUCUGUCGCCGAUGUCGGAGCAGAAAUCCCUGCCCAGACGUGGUAGAUCCAGGGGUACGAUGAGGUCCUUACUACCCCUUCAGCUAGCUGACUCUACUCCAGGUGUAGCGUCAUUUCAUCAGGUGCCCAUCGAAGGAGGCACUCCGGAUCGGCCAGAACUCUCCGAAGCUGAAUGUGACAUCGAUACCCUCAAAAAGCUAAAGCUGGGCAUGAGGUCAUCUCUAUGGUCUCGGCCAGCACCAACAAAUUCAUCGUCUAACCAGAUGCCCGGGCAUCCGUCAGACUACUCAAUCGCCGUUUAACCACAGGGGAGCACACGCCGAAGAGGACCGCGCUUCUAGUCAAACCGAUUGGCAGUUUUACCUUCGAUCGUUGUGCCAAAAGUUUUUCUUUAUUUGUUUUUAAAAAAAAAUGUUAAAUCGAAAAGAAAAAUCCAUUAAAUCUGAGUGUUAAAAAGGAUCAACAGCGUAAAUGUGUGAAUCAAAAAACAAACGUUAAAAAAAGGAUUUUAUAAUCAAAAUGAUAAAUUAAACGGAUAGUUACGAAAACCAAAAGAAGUAAGAUGUAAAAAAAUAUAUUUACUCCAAAUGAAAAAAGAAACAAAAUGAUAUAAUUAUGCAAAUAUUGAGAGUCUAGCCAAUAGUUUGUAUAAAAGGUAUAACAAAAGAAAAAAAAGGUGACAGAAGAGGAGAUUGAUGAAGAAAAAAAUAUUUAUAUUAGUAGAGUAAUUUUUAUACAAAACUUUGUUAAAUUGUAAAAUUUUCUAAUUCGUUAGGAAUGAAUUAUUAAAUCAAAGAAAGUGUAUUGAAUUGCUAAAAGACAACAUGCAAAUGAUAGUGAAUAACUUCAUCCCAAAAAGAAAAUCUAAAUAACAUUUACUUUUUCAUUUACGAUGAUAGUUAUGUACGUCCCAAUGGAAAAAUUUUGACAACAACUUUUUUAUUGAUAAUGAGACAAUUUUAAUCUCGAUGAUAUAUUUAGUGCAAGGAGUAUAGAGAAAAAAAACUAUUGAGAGGAACUUUAAAAGAUAUUAUGAAAGAAAAACUUUAUAUAUAUUUCAAGACUGACUUUUUCAUUGCAGUAUCAUUUAAGAGAGCAGAAGGAGAUAAAAUUUCCGCACGUUUUUAUUUGUAGUCCACGAGAGUGUCUGAAAAGUAGGUAUUUCAAUAAAAGUGAGAGUCAUUGUGCAUAAAAUAAAACCAAUAAAAAAAAGUAUUAAACGUUUCUCCAUGUCAUCAGGAAUUUAUUAGAAUAUUUAAAGAUUUUUCAAUAGAACACUCCUGAUUGAGAAAUAAAACGCAAAAAACAUCGAAUGAUGCAAUUUCUCUUCGAUUGCAGUCAUUUCGUUGAUUUUGGAGAGGUUUCCUAACCCCAAAAUACAAUGCCAGUAAGUUAAAUUCAAUUGGUUAAAAUCAGAGACAUGAAAACCAAUUGAUUUCAUUACAACUUUUAUUUUACAGCAUGUCAAUUUAACCUUUUUCUCUUGUCUAAACAAGAAGCUCUUAAAAUGUGAGGUUAUAUUGAACAUAACCUUCAAAUUUUACAUAAUUCUUGUUUAGUUUGGGUUUGAAUUUAAUUAGAUAGAUAAAUAGAUAAAUUUAUUCAUCAACGAUGCUUUCGAAAUACAGUUUCGUAUUAAUGAGAUCCCGUGUAGUUUUUUGCGUCCACCGCCAUCUUAGCGUUAGUGCCUAACCUCUAGAACAAAACGAUAGAAAAGCUCCUUCUUAAGCUGUCUACAGACUAAGCAAAUUAUUGCAAUAAUAACAUUUCAAAGUGAUAUUGAAAUAAAACUUCAAUAUUGAAGCGAAUAUUGAAACCAAUUUUGCAAUAUUUGCCUACACACUGAACAAAUUGACUUCAAUAUUAAAACUUAUUAAAAUACCAUUCUGGUCAGAAAUUCAGUUCCUUUCAAACUUCGAAAAACUCAUAGAAUUAGCAUGAUUAUGAACAGGAAGACAUCUCAGAAUGUCAUCGUAGACAGCACCAGAGAAUUCUGUUGUACAUCCUGCUCAAUUCUUCCCAGAAACCCAUCUUUGUCAGGAGUUCUCCCCAACUUCCUCCAGAAAAUCUCAGAACUUCUGGGAUUUUACUGUAUCUUUUGUCAAGUACGCCCGGAAUACUCAUGUUGGUCAGAAAAUUUUUCCUGGUUUCUCCAGGAAGUCAUAUUUUCUUUUAUUUUGUCAAGAACGCCCAAAACUCCCAAGUUGGUCAGAAGAUUUCUUCUGGUUCCUCCAAAAAAUCACAGAUCUUCUGGGAUUUUCUUCUGUAUUUUGUCAAGAACAACCAAAAUACCUAAGUUGGUUAGAAGGUUUCACCUGGUUCUUUCGGGAAAUCACUUGGGUAUCUCAGGUGUUCUUGAUAAAAUACAGAACAAAAUCUCAGAAGAUCUGUGAAUUCCUGGAGGAAUCAGGAGAGAUCUUCUGACCAACUUGAGUAUUCUGGGGGGUAUAUUCGACCAAGUGCACAACAAAAUUUUAGAGGAACUGUGAUUUCCUGGAGGAAGCAGGUAAAAAGUGCUAACCAAGCUGGGUUCUUGAGGAGAUUUGACAAAAUAUACAGCGAAAUUCCAAUAAUCUGGGAUUUCUGGAGGAAGCAGGAAGAGAUGUGUCCUGACUUGGAUUUUGUUCUUGGAUGUGUUUUCAUUCAUUAACAAGGAAAUCCCAGCAAUUCUGUUAUGUUCUGAACGAAAAAGAUUCCUGACCUUUAAAGAAUAUUGAAGGAAAUAUCAAAUCAAUUUAAUAUUUAAAAUUUCUUUUAAGUUUUAUUUCAAUGUGACUUUGAACAUUUUUAUUGACAUUAUUUGGCCCAGUGUGUAGCCAUUCCAAAUAAUGAAAUAAAAUAUUGAAAAAAUGCUCCAUAUUGAAACAAAUAUUUCAAUAAUUGCCUACACACUGGACAAUUUUCUUCAAUGUUGAAUCUUUUAUGUCAAUAGAUCUUUGCAAUGUGGAGGCAAUCUUUGUCAAUAUUGGAUAUUGAAAAGAAAUAUUGCAAUAAAUUUUGUCUAGUGCAUAGCCAGCUUUAGGUUGUAUAUGCUACUUAUUUUAUUACUACACACACUAUUUAUUUGGGACCUAUAAAUGUUUAAGUGGCAAAGUAUAAUUGUUAGCAGACGAAAGACGAAAUUUCAAAUUGUAAAACGACUUUAAUUGACCCACUGAGAAAGACCCACACCAAAGGUCGAAAGCUUUGGUAAAAAUUCGAAGUCUUUCAUUUUAAAAAGAGACGAAUUCUCUGGCGAACACCGGAAGAGCUGCAACCGCUGCAACCACGUAGAACUCGCCAGAUACAUACUGAAUAGAAUUUUAUGUAAUUUGGAAAAAAAGUCGGAUUUUCAUAAUUCCUAACCUCAAAACCUUAAAUAAACUAAUUUGCAGUAAUUUUCAGAAAGUCUUAUUUGUCUAAAAUUCUUUGACGUUAUUUCUUAAAAUAUAUUCGGAAUGAUUUUUUUUAUUCGUUGAACUAAACAAAAUAAUGCGAAAAUGAAAUAUUAAUAAUCAAAAUUUUAAUCUAAACAUUUUAGUCCAAUGAAGGCAAAGAUUAAAUUUUUUCAAUAAAAAAUAAAUCGCCAAGUGAUUUCAUUCUGUUGUAGAAAUAAGAAUAUGUUUUACAAUGGAUUUGAUCUUCUUAUUUUACAUAAAGGUUAGUAUAAAAUAUGUGGUUAUGUAUGCCCUAACCUAUAAAACAACAAAGAAAUAUUUAAACAACUUAAUACUUUGAAAUUUUAAUUAAUCUAAACGGAAAUUUAAAAAUUAUAAAUUUUAAAAAAUGAUUAUCUUCGAAGAAAGAACAAUAACAAUUCUAAGAUAGUUUACAAAUUCUAAACUUCCUCUUUAGCACCAAUAUUUUACUAUUUUUAUGCAUUAGUAUUUCAAUUCUCAUUGAACAUUUUUAUUAGGAUACAGCCUAAUAUGCAGAAGCCUUAUAGCAAGCUAAAGAUCCUUACCGAAGAAUACGAAUUGGCUUUCUGAUACCAAUUUAAAGAUCACAAGUUUAAAUAAAAAUAAGGAGUAGAUUAACAUUAAAAUUUUCUUUUAAACCUCAACUAUGGAAUUUAGUUUCGACUUUGUUAUUUAAUGUUAGGACAAAUAUAACCUCACAUUUCGAAAUCAAGUAACUCUGGACCAUUUCCAUUCACAUGAUUUUUAAAAUAUUGAUCUUGUAAUUGUAAUUAUUCCAAAACAUUUUUUUUAACUGAAUAUAAAUAAAUAAUUUACCCAGCGAAACUUCUUCACACUUUAGAUUCGACUUUGUUAUUCGAGGUUAGAACAAAUAUAACCUCACAUUUCGAAAUCAAGUAACUCUGGACCAUUUCUAUUCACAUCAUUUUUAAAAUAUUGAUCUUGUAAUUUUUCCAAAACCUUUUUUUUUUUUAAAACUGAAUAUAAAUAAAUAUUUUACCCAGCGAAACCUCUUCAAAUGUCCAUCACAUUUCUCUGUUAGAUUGUGAUACCAAGUGAAUGGAGAAAGAAAACCAUGUAAAAGUGUUAAAAAUAAUAGAACAAACAAGUAAAUUAUGCUGCCCCAUCGAUCCACACAAUUACAAAGAAUACUGCCCGAAAUAAUGUGAAAAUGUAAUACAUCUAACAUUUAAAAAUAGCAAAAUAUUUAACAAACUGAAUAUGUUAUACCGAAUUCAAUCUCACUGUACAUUGUAUGAUGAAAGAAUUGUUGUAAAAAUAAAUAUUUAAUUUUGAAUCUUCAA